UUUGCUCACCCAUUCUCAUCUUUUUUAAACAUGUUUUGUGACACUGAAGUAUUUUCAAGGAAAGUUUUUGUUGGGGGAUUACCAAUCGACAUAACAGAGACUGAGAUUUUUAUUGGUGGAGUGCCAAGACCAACAAAAGCUAGUGAAUUAGCUUUUGUUCUCGAAAGUCAAUAUGGCUCAGUUUGCUAUGCAGGCUUUGAUGUGGACCCAGACAUGAAAUAUCCUAAAGGAGCUGCUAGAGUUACCUUCAAUACUUUUAAAUCUUAUGUUGCUGCGAUGGCUGGCCGUUUUGUUAAUAUUCCACAUUCAUAUUUCUGGUCGAUGCUCUACUGUUUGAAACAGCAAAGAUGGGCUCUCCUCCUUUUUAGGGGGGGGGGGGGGGUAGAUUAGAAGCGGACAAAACUUGCUAAUGAUAAUAUUCAAGCCAAAUUUAACAAUCGUUUUUUCAGUCCUCAAUUCAACGUCGACCGUCAACAUCUUCAGUUCAAACGCUUUACGUCAACGAAACGUUGGUUUAGUUUUUAAUUUACUUUUUAGCGUAUGGAGGACUUCGUUUUGUGCCCAUACGCCCGCCACCUUCUCCCACCUCGUUUUGGGCUCCCAUCCCCAUACGAACUGUUCAGUUCAGGAUUUACAUUCUGACAAACAGUUCAGUUCAGGCUUCCAUGCAUUCUGACAAAUUGUUAGUUCGGAAGGAAUCUGACAACUUGUUCAGCUCAGGAGGAAUCCUAGCAAGCAGUUCAGUUCAGGUACUUCUGACAAACUUCAGCUCAGGAGUAAUUCUGACAAAUUUGACAACAAACAACAACAACACCAGGCUACAGUCGCUUCCAUGCAUUCUGACAAAGUUCAGUUCAGGAGAAAUCUGACAAAUUGUUUUUUAGGAGGAAUUCUCAGGCAGCUCUCCAAAUGUUUGUUUUUUUGUUUUUUUAAACAAGCAAGUUUUGUCCGCAAAUUUCAUGAGUAAAAAUUUUGAAUAAGUAAAGUAACCUUACUGGAAAGGAUAUUUCCACCAAAUAAUCGUCUUUUUUGAUAAAUGAUCCGAUUAGAUUAUGUGAAUAAUGGUAUCACUACACCCCAAAAAAUCUUAGGUAUUGAAUGUUUAAUGCCUUUUAUACUUUAAUGCAACAGAUUUAUGUCCAUCUAGCUAUUCAAAUCAAUUUAGUGGUUUUCUGCUUUAUUAAUUACGGGAGGAGUUGUUGGUUCAACUGGAGCAAGUAUUUUUAUUUUUUUAAUUUAAUAUUUUUG